UUAACGUAACAGUGACCCAAUCUGAGUCUUGGCUUGGCACUUGCAUUUUCCAUCUGGUCCCUGCAUGGUCUUCUUCAACCUCUGCGCACGUUAGCCAACACCUCUUCAACACACUGACACUCCCAUUCCCAAAUCCCUAAUGCCAUUGCCAACCCCCAAUUCAGCCUCUCCCUAACCCCAAUCGAGCUUGCUUCGCCCAUUCGCCAAGCAGCAAGCUCCCACUUCCCAUUCCAACGAACAACAACCACAAUGAUGGGCUCCCACAACCACUCCGUCGAGGACCACCCCCUCUCUGCGCCACCUCACCAAAUGGAAAACCUCCUACUCCACGACGACCACGGCGUUGGCGGCGACGAAACGAAAUCCUUCUCCACCAAUUACCGCAGCGCCAUGUCCACGCUCUCGGAAUCUCACCACCCGCUCUCGCCGCCGAUCGUCGCCGCCCCCGCCGAAUCUGAUCCCCUCCGAUCCCCGCCGCACCUGCAUUUCCCCGAUUCGCCAAACCCUAACACCUCCUCCUCCUACAUCGACCCUCCCUCCUACGCCGAAGCCGUGUUUGCCCCCUAUGACGGCGAAACUAACGGCGUCGACCCUCCGUCUCCGCCGCUUUCCCUCUCCCGAUCCCCCUCCUCGAGCGCGGAGUAUUUAAAUAUCACCGUUUCGAACCCGGUCAAGGAGCAAGAGACCUCGAAUUCGAUUGUUCCGGGUAGUAACAGCUACGUGACCUAUUUGAUCACCACGAGGACCAACAUUCCCGAAUUCGGAGCCAACUCGGAUUUCGGCGUCCGGCGAAGGUUCCGCGACGUGGUGACGCUGUCGGAUCGCCUUGCGGAGGCGUACCGCGGCUUCUUCAUCCCGCCGCGGCCGGACAAGAGCGUGGUGGAGAGCCAGGUGAUGCAGAAGCAGGAGUUCGUGGAGCAGCGGCGUGUGGCGCUGGAGAAGUACCUGCGGCGGCUCGCGGCGCACCCGGUGAUCAGGAAGAGUGACGAGUUGAGGGUGUUUUUGCAGGUGGAGGGGAGGCUCCCGCUGCCGGCGACGACCGACGUGGCGUCCCGGGUGCUGGACGGCGCGGCCAAGCUUCCCAGGCAGUUGAUGGGGGAGAGUGUGCUUGCGCCGCACGAGGUUGUGCAGCCGGCGAGAGGGGGGAGGGAUUUGUUGAGGCUGUUCAAGGAGUUGAGGCAAUCGGUGGCCAAUGAUUGGGGAGGUUCCAGGCCCUCCGUUGUGGAGGAGGAUAAGGAGUUCCUUGAAAAGAAGGAAAGGAUUCAUGAGCUUGAACAGCAGAUCAAUGGUGCAUCUCAACAGGCUGAAUCACUUGUCAAAGCACAACAAGAUAUGGGAGAGACAAUGGGUGAAUUAGGGCUUGCAUUUAUUAAAUUAACGAAAUUUGAGAAUGAAGAGGCUGUCUCGAACACUCAGAGGAUACGGGCUGCUGACAUGAAAGGUGUAGCAACUGCUGCUGUCAAAGCUAGUAGAUUGUUUCGAGAGUUAAAUGCUCAAACAGUGAAACAUUUGCAGGAUACACUUCACGAGUAUCUUGGAUUAAUGUUGGCUGUUCAUAGUGCAUUCUCGGAUCGCUCAAGUGCACUAUUGACGGUGCAGACUCUUCUAUCAGAAUUGUCUUCUUUGCAGUCAAGAGCUGAAAAACUUGAAGCAGCAUCAUCUAAAAUUUUUGGGGCUGACAAAACUAGGGUUCGGAAGUUGGAGGAGCUACAGGAAACUAUUAGAGUUACUGAAGAUGCCAAGAAUGUUGCAAUUAGAGAGUAUGAGCGAAUAAAGGAAAACAAUAGGAGUGAACUUGAAAGGCUUGAUAAAGAGAGGCAAGCUGACUUCUUAAACAUGUUGAAAGGAUUUGUAGUUAAUCAGGUGGGGUAUGCUGAGAAAAUAGCAAACGUCUGGACAAAAGUUGUUGAAGAUACCCGUGGAUAUGUGGAUGAAAGCACUUGAUAUGUGGCUGUAAAUUAAAUCUUUAUUUUAUUCAUUGAUGUGCCACUCCCUGGAAAUACGUCUGUAGUCAUGACAAUAAACUAAUGGAAGCUCUUUAUGGGUUCUUAGGCUCUUUCUCGCAUUUUAUACCUCAGAGCAUUUCUUUCACAUCAUUAAAAGCUUACUUGUUGUACAUUACUUGCUAUUUGUUCGAUUCUUGCUGCUUU